AUGAUGAAUUUUAGUUCAAAAGUAGAGAAUGUGGAGGAGAGAGACAGUCUCUCUCUCCUGGAUUUGCCUGACUUGACCUUGGAAUGCAUUCUUGAGAAGCUUUCCCCAUCUGGGUUGUGCACUAUGGGAGGAGUUUGUACUUCUUUGAGCGAGAGGUGCAGAGAUGAUCGUUUAUGGGAGAGGCACAUGAUGGAGAAAUGGGGUAGACUGAUUGGGGCUGCUGCUUAUAGAGAAUGGCAAUUACAUGUGGCCUCAAGAAGCAGAGUCAGAAAUAUCUCUGAUCAAACCAAGAAAAAAGGUCUUUUUGAGUCUCUUGUGAGUAAAAUUUGGCCUUUUUCAUGGAUCAGACCAAAAUUAGCAACUUCUGAUUGCAAAGCGAGGACUAGUUUACCUGUUGAGCCAGUCAUGUCUCUGUAUCUUUCUCUUGAAAGUGGCAAGUUCUGGUUCCCAGCUCAGGUCUAUAACCGUGAGAAUGGUAAUGUAGGCUUUAUGCUGUCCUGUUAUGAUGCACAAGUGAGCUAUGAUUCAAGGACAAACACAUUUCAAGCAAGGUAUUCACCUUAUGGGAGGAGGGCAACAGAGGAUAAUAUACCAUGGGAUAGACUAAGAGCGGCCCCAGUUGAUACGCCCUCACAUAAGCUUCAUGUCACUGAUUGUCUACAUCACUUGAAACCCGGUGAUCAUAUUGAAAUCCAGUGGAGAAGAAACAAAGAAUUCCCUUAUGGUUGGUGGUAUGGUGUCAUUGGUCACUUGGAGUUGUGUGAUGGGCAUGAGAAUCACUGCCGUUGUCACUACAGUGAUACAGUAACACUGGAGUUCAGUCAGUACACUCCUGGAUCCAGAUGGAGACAAGUGACGAUAAACAGGAAAGACCAUCGAGAAGAAGGCGAUGAAGCAGAUGGCUUCUAUGGAGGAAUCCGAAAGCUUUACAAUGAGGAGGAAAUUGCAAGGUGGAAGCGCCUAUGGCCUACCCAAGUCCUAGAAUAA